UGGGAGAGGCGCGUGCGGUCCUUGUUGCCAUGGCGGCGGCGGGGCGCGAGGACCGGGCCGUCCCUGCGGCGGGGCGCGAGGACCGGGCUGUCCCUGCGGCGGUGCAGGCCUGUGAGAGACAGCAGAUGAAUGAAGAUAUACUGGCAUGGUACCUAAAAACAUCGAAAUUAGCACUGGCUCUAGCUAUAAUUGGCAGCACCCCCCCAGGAAAGAGCAGCAGAGUAUAUGCAGAGCAAUUGGCUAGCAGUUUGUGUCAGAAGGGAGUAGAAUGGAAGCUGAAGGCUGAGGCUUGGAAAGCUGAAGUGUUACACCUGCGUCAAGAGUUAUUUCUAACUCGAAUGCAAUCUACAGCAAGGUCAAAUGAUGGUACUGGUAAGCAUGUCAUAAUGCUUCAUGCAAUAGACAUCUUCAUCUUCAUUGUAUUAAUUUCAAUUGGGAAACACAAGAUUUUUUGUAAGAAAUUUGAGAUAAUGUAA